UGUCUUGGUUAGCACGCCCCGGUCACGAUGAACAGAAAAAAUGGACCCAGGGCCAACACGAGGCUUUGCCUUCCGGUAAAAAGAGAAGGUGCCAUCAUCGCCGGCUACAUACGUAAAGGCGAAGGACUAUCGUGAAGAGGGCAGCAGAUGGCGGGCAGAGUUGAGCGCGCACGUUCUGGGCGGGCCGGCAGCGUAGCCCUACACGGCCAUGAUUGGCCCCCCGCGGGGGAGGCGACGUCACCGGCGACACUUUUUAUGAUGUACCCCUCGAAGAUUCCUACUGUUCGAGUCUGGGGCGACGCCUACCAUGUGGGGCAGCUGAGUGAGGGGCCGUGGGCUGGAGGAUGCUCGCGAGCCGCACGCUUACUAUGUACCUAGUUGACUAGCACCGGUACAUAGCUCUCAACUUUUCCUC